AUGGAGUGCCCAGCAGUCAUGAAGUGGAGGCUCUCCUUUUCCUUCAUUCUCCUGCUCAGUUUGGCCGGAUCCAAAGCAGAGCACAAACAUGAGUUUGGAAUAGCUUCCACGUUAGAUUCUUCCCAGUGCUUGACCGAGAAGAAUAUGCGUAACAUAGCUACCAUCACCAUAACCCAGUUUGUUCAGGGAGCCACCGAGCAGGAAGUGAACAAAAUGACGAGCGAUGUGUUGGCUACAAUGAAAAACACUGGCGACUGGUGUUCAGAAAACAAGCUAUCUGUGUUUAUGGAUGAAAUUUGCCACGAGACGGAAAUCUCUAACAAGUACGGAUUGUCAGACUGCUGCAGCCAAAGCGGGGCAGAAAGGCACCAGUGUCUCCUGGCACGCAAGAAGACUUCUCCAGCCUCUGUCCCACCCUUCCAGUUUCCAGAACCUGCAGAGAGUUGCAAAGCGUAUGAAGAAAACAGGGCGAUGUUCAUGAACAGGUUCAUCUACGAUGUGUCACGGAGGAACCCUUUCCUGUAUGCCCCUGCCAUUCUCUCCUUGGCUGCUCAGUAUGACAAAGUGGUUCCAGCGUGCUGCAAAGACGACAACAUGCAGGAAUGCUUCCAGACCAAGAGAGCAUUGAUUGCAAAGGAAUUAAGAGAAGGAAGCAUGCUGAAUGAGCAUGUAUGUGCAGUGAUAAGGAAAUUUGGAUCCCGAAACCUCCAGGCCACAAUCAUUAUUAAGCUAAGUCAGAAGUUUACCAAAGCAAAUUUUACUGAGAUUCGGAAGCUGGCCCUAGAUGUAGCCCACAUUCAUGAGGAAUGCUGCCAAGGAAACGCCAUGGAGUGCCUGCAGGACGGGGAAAAAGUCAUGACAUACAUAUGUUCUCAACAAGAUAUGCUGUCAAGCCAAAUAGCAGAGUGCUGCAAAUUGCCCACAAUCGAGCUCGGCUUUUGCAUAAUCCAUGCAGAAAAUGGCGUCACACCUGAAGGUUUAUCUCUGAAUCCAAGCAAGUUUUUGGGAGACAGAAAUUUCACCCAGUUUUCUCCAGAGGAAAAAAUCAUGUUCAUGGCAAGCUUUCUUCAUGAAUAUUCAAGAACUCACCCCAACCUUCCUGUCUCAGUCAUUCUAAGAAUUGCUAAAACAUACCAGGAAAUAUUGGAGAAGUGUUCCCAGUCUGGAAAUCCACCUACAUGUCAGGACAAUCUGGAAGAAGAAUUGCAAAAACACAUCGAAGAGAGCCAGGCACUGGCCAAUCAAAGCUGUGAUCUCUACCAGAAGCUUGGAGACUAUCAAUUACAAAAUUUGUUCCUCAUCGGUUACACACAGAAAGCCCCUCAGAUGACCUCAGCCGAGCUGAUUGACCUAACCGGGAAGAUGGUGAGCAUUGCCGCCACGUGCUGCCAGCUCAGUAAGGAGAAAUGGUCCGGUUGUGGCGAGGGAAUGGCCGACAUCUUCAUUGGACACUUGUGUCUACGCCAUGAAGCACACCCUGUGAACUCUGGUAUCAACCACUGCUGCAGCUCCUCGUAUUCCAACAGGAGGCUAUGCAUCACCAGCUUUCUGAGGGAUGAAACCUAUGUCCCUCCACCAUUCUCUGAAGACAAGUUCAUCUUCCACAAGGAUCUGUGCCAAGCUCAGGGCAAAGCCCUACAGACCAUGAAACAAGAGCUUCUCAUUAACCUGGUGAAGCAAAAGCCUGAAAUAACACAGGAGCAGCAUGCGGCUGUCACCGCCGAUUUCUCUGGCUUUUUGGAGAAGUGUUGCAAAGCCCAGAAUAAAGAAGACUGUUUCGCAGAAGAGGGUCCAAAGUUGAUUUCCAAAACUCGUGAUGCUUUGGGGGUUUAAAGAUCUCCAGAAGGAAGAGAGGACGAAAAAUGUGUUGACGCUUUGGUGUGAGCCUUUGGGUUUAAUUGUAACUGAC